AUGACGAUGAAUGCUGAACUUGGGGUCAAGAACCCCAAUUUCAGCCCCUAUAAAUACCGCAACACCACAGUUGAAUUCUACUAUGGAGUAACACUAGUUGGGACUGCAAUUGUCCCCAAAUCGAAAGCCAGUCUCCUAAAAACCAAGAAGUUCAAUGUUGCAGUGAACUUGAUUGCACCACCUAGUCUACUAAGCGAUACAAAAUUGGCAAGUGAUAUAAGUUUUGGGUUAUUGCCUUUGAGUAGCCAAUCUAAACUGAGUGGAAAGGUGGAGCUAAUAUUGAUAAUGAAGAAGAAGAAAUCUACCCAAAUGAGUUGCACCAUGAAUGUUAAUAUCAUGACGCAACAGCUUCAGGAUGUGAUGUGA